AUGGCCAAACAGAACCAACAGUUGACAGCUUUUCAAGAGAUCAAUGAUCGGAUUUCUCAGUUGAGGAAAAGAAACAAGGCACGAGUCCAACGUCCACAGCAAGGAGAAAGGAUAUUUGGAGAUGCACCAGAGGCUGUCUAUGUCGAGCCCAAGCCACCAGAUCCUUCAAGGAUCAAUCAACAUCCAACUUCUCAAACCCAUACUCUUCAUGUUGCUAAUUCUCGGUUUGAUCAUAAAUCUUUUGCUGAUAAAAUUGAAUUCUUUACAUUUUCAGGAGGAAGAAGCUACCUAUUUUGGGAGAGGAACCUUGAUGAAUGGUUUCACAACAACAACAUUCUGAAAGAAGAGAGACUAUCUUAUGCCAUUGAUCAACUAAGAGGUAAUGCCUUUAAAUGGUGGGUACAAGAAGAAGAUGAUAGAUGGUUUUACAAGGAGCCAGCUAUCAAAACGUGGAGAGAUCUUAAGGAAGCCAUGAGGGAUGAAUUUUCACCAGAACUCACAAGUUCUAAGAUCCGAAGAUAUACCCAAGGAGGUAUCUAA